AUGUUCAAUCACCAGUUCCAAGCCCUUGGCAAAUUUGACGCCAAAGAAGUAGAACCGUCGCUGCAAAAUGUGGAUACCAGAUCGGAGUUCGCCAGCAUCUUCAAGGACUGUCGGCAACUCCGCCAGGUCAUCAAGGACCAAGAGUCAGUCCGACUCAACCAUCCGGUUCCGGACUUACUGGGCACGCUCCCGGCCCAAUCAGUGUGCGAAGUUCUGGUCAAUGCCUAUUUCCGCACUUUCGAGCCUAUCUACCGUGUUAUUCAUGUCCCAUCCUUCUGGAAAGAGUAUCGUCAGUUGUGGACCCAGCCGCAGUCGACCCCGACCCAUUUUCUGAUGAAGCUGGUCUUGAUUCUCGCCCUGGGUACUACAUUCUACCCUGAUCGAAACAAUAGGGUGCAUCUCCGCCGUCUCGCACACACGUGGAUCUAUGCCGCACAAUGGUGGCUAGUCGGACCAUCGGAAAAGUCGACCGUCAAUCUGGAUGGCCUGCAAGUCGGUUGUCUCCUAUUGCUGGCCCGCCAGAUUAAAGGUGCCUUGAGUUUUGAUGUGAAUACCUCCCUGGGGCUGGAAAUUGUCACGCAACUCGAGGAGGAGGCUUCUACCCGGCCCGUGGGAUCUUCUCCCCCAUUUAUCGUCGAUUCCCUGGAUGAAUUGGCCAAGGCCCAUCGAGCGCCCUUGAUCCGGAGCCUAGAACACAUCCAGGAGCAGCUGCUGCAGGUGAUCGCCCUCGGAAAUCCCAGUCUCAAGCGAUACAACUUCCUGUCCGCCAUCUUGAGUCAGAUCCGUGCAAUGGAGUCGGGCCAGCCGAUCCCACCCGCCAUUUACGAGACCGUCAAAGAAAGCCUCAAGAAAUGUUAUUCCUUGCUGCAGGACUCGAUUGAGUCUCUAGGUUUUGACUUCGCUUUAACUCACCGUUUAGGACCCUGA